UUCAUUUUACAAAACGUCACUUUAUUGUACAAUUGACAAUAUUUCAUACAUAUUUUAUAGCUAUUACAAGAAUAUUAUUUACAUUAACAUUUACACAAAUGUAGCAAGAAAAUGUCCAGAGUUAUAAUAACGAGAAGUGUACCUUCGUUAACCUCUUUGUGUACUUAUUUCGUCGUGGAUCAUCUCAAAGAAUCUCUAUACCAAACCGAUCUCCUUUAUUUGCCUGUUAAAUUGAAAGACAAACUUUUAAAACGAUUUUUGGUCAGCCAACAAUAUUGGAAAAACAUUGAUUUUAAAACGAUAUUAAAAUUAUUGGUUCACCCAGGAACUAAAUCGUUAAAUCUAACUCAAGUACAUGUUGAUGAUGAAAUAUUAGAAAUAAUCAGUAUUUGUCGUGGUUUACACGAACUUUAUUUAACUCUACAUAAUUGGAAUACCAACAGUGUAUCAACGAAUGGAUUAUUAAAAUUAUUUCCUUGUCUACCACACUUACACAUCAUUUGCUUACCUAGAUGUAAUGCUGUUGACGAUAAUGUCAUUUUGUGUAUUACUGAACAUUGCAAAAAAUUAGCUGGAUUAGAUAUUAAUUCGUGCGAUCAAGUUACUUCAAAAUCGAUUAGUAUUUUAUCGAAAAGUGAUCAAUUAUUAUGGGUAACUUUAUCAAAGACAAAUGUGUGUGAUGAAGGUAUUCAAAACUUAGUUUUGGGACCUAGUGGAAAGUAUUUGAAGGAGUUAAGAUUAAAUGAUUGUUCACAAUUAUCAAAUAAUGUCCUUCAAUUAAUUGUUGAGCAUUGUAAAGAUUUGGAGGUGUUGGUUUUUAAUGAUUGUAGCCGAAUAGCAGGUCAAAUGUCUUUGGGAGAUCAAGAAACGCAUUUGAAGAAUUUAAAGCAGUUUACAUGGUCAAUACACUGGUGAAAAAUAUUUAUAUUGAUUUUAACUUAUAUUAAUUAAAAAAAAAUCAUUUUAAUGUCGCAACAACUAUAUUUUUUUUUAAUUACACUUUUUCAUUCUCAAAUACACUUUUACUACCUAAUUAUUCAAUAUUAAUAAUAAUUAACUAUGUAAAAAAUAAUGAAUA